CACGUCAACUUUGUAAACUUAUAAAAUUUGUUGGCAAGUUUUGUGAUAUAAAUGUGUAAACCAAAAAUUUGGUUCAUCCACAAAAUUUGUUUUAUGUAGCACUUUUCUCGCAGUUUACGCUACAAAUGUGGUCCUAACUAGAAAUUAAAUUAAUUUAAUGUCCCCUUUAGUUGACCAUGAUUUUAUCCACGAAUUUCAAAUCUAAUUUUGUAUAGCAUUUUAUAAAUUAAUUUACCCCGUUUAUAAAGUUACAAAAAUGUCGUUAAAUAAUUAAAUUGAUUUAAGGAGGGAUUACUAAUCAGAAACACCAAAAACAAAGUAAAUCGCGAUUCAGGUAUGGAAAUAAAUCCAAUUUGGACAUCACUACUCCUGCCCCUAGCACCAACGCUUAUACGCCCGGUUACCCAGCGACCCCAAUGAUAUCAACAACUUCGUCUAAUUUUGAAAAUAUUAUCUUUCAUGAAAUUAUAAUUCUAUUCUUUCCUGUACACUUUUACACCUGAAGAAGGGGGCAGUUGAACCCUGAAAGCUAGUGAAUAAAUCACUUAAAUAAUGUCAUCCAUGCGAUCUGAUAAUUCUACCUUAAAAUAAAUUGAUUUAAUUAGUAUCCCCUUAAGUUGGCCAUGAUGGGCACGGCGUCGUCGGAAGUGACGCUUUCGGCCGGGAUGGACAUCCUGAUCGCGUACUUGGUGGCGUCCCCUAUCUCCCCGGUGCAGACGGCCUUCGUUGCCACGGGGGAAGCCAGCGGGGUCACGUUGACCAAGUCCGGAAACGUUCAAACCGUGUACUGCUUCAAUUUUGAAAACGUUCCGACGCACGGACAGGAAGGCGUCGGCCCAAAGUUGAGGAAAGUGUUGGAGGAGGAAUACAACGGGAAAUUUAACCCGGAAAGGAUGGAGAUGGUGGUGGGGCGUUGUUGUCAAGAGGCCAUGUCCGCCAUGGAAAACGAUGCGGAGGACACGAUCGCCGUGAUUUCCGACUUUAUCUACAGCUUUUCCAACGACCUCCUCACUUUCGACCGGCGGAUCAAUCGGUUCUACACUCUCGAACAGUUUGGCUCCCAACCGGCCCGUUUUUGGCUCAAAAUGCUUAAAACCCUCCUCGAUUCGAACUGGGCGUUGGUUUACGCCGUGCCCAGCAAAGAAACUGGAGACCCGCAUGACGUCGAGGACGAAGAGAGACAAACGGAAAUCCUCGAAAAAAUGGGGCCGGAAGGAUGUAAAAAGUUGGGGGCGAGAUUGAAAGCGGCGAUUAAAAUACAGGCGAAACCACCCCCACCGCAGAUGCUGAGUUUCAUCAAAACGCCGUCAAUUGGAUCGAUUGGAUUUUUGGGUAUCGAGCGACACGACAACCCCUCGUGGGCGACACGUUGUGCAACUUGUACUUGGAUGACAUGAACACGAACUACGUCUACCUGACCGUGCUCAUGGACACGGCCGAGUUGACGCUCGAGGAGAAGAAGUAUCUCGUCCUCUUCGCCGAAGCGCUGCUCGAGGCGCCCUACGUCGACAACUCGCAGCGCUUCUACUCCUACGAGGCAAUGAUCGCCGGCCUGUCGCGGGAUGUCCUCAAGUACGAAACAUU